AUGGAUUCGCUCCCCUUGUCCGACGGAAAUAGAAAUACGGGAUUUCAACUUGGAGUCAAUCAUGGACCCAUCGGCGCAAUCCAUUUCGGAUCUGACCGAGCGGAAGACCCGCAACAGACCACGGACAACGGGGUGCUUCGGUCGCUGGCAUUCCCGCAGAUGCUGGAUCGGAGGGACAACAUCGAAACGUGCCACGCCAAUACCUGCCAGUGGAUUCUGGGCUCGAAGGAGUACCGAGCCUGGAGAAAUCAGCCCCACGGUCUACUGUGGAUCAAGGGAAAGCCAGGUGCCGGCAAAUCGACUUUGAUGGCGUUUCUGUAUGCUAGACUCAAGGCAUCACAGCCCGAGGAUGACAGCCGGGGAAUUCGACUUGAAUUCUUCUUUACCGCCCGGGGCACAGAUCUCCAGCGUACAUCUCUAGGAAUGUUAAGAUCUUUACUGAAUCAGAUCUUUUUCCAAGACGCGACUAUACGCCCCCAGGUACGCAAGGUAUAUGAAGAGCGGUGCAAGCAAUUUGGGUACGGUGAACAGAAGUGGAACUGGCCACAGGUAGUGCUGGAAGAGUUACUUGUAGCUGCGAUAUUGAGAUCAUCUACCCAGCAACACAUAACGGUGUUUGUUGAUGCUCUCGAUGAGGCUGGUGCAGACUCUGCUCAGAAACUAGCAGAAUAUUUCCAUCGGCUUGUUGACCGUGCGGGCCGAGGAAAGCUACCGGUUAAAGUCUGUAUUUCAUGUCGACACUAUCCUAUCGUAGUAACUGCCAAAGCUGUGGAAAUACAUGUCGAGAAACAUAAUGGGGAGGACAUCGCCACAUAUAUACGUGACCUCCUUACCGACAUAGUUGAUGACACCUACACUCAAAAAGCGACGGAUGUGCUGGCAGCGCACCUGAAUGAACGGGCCAAUGGGGUUUUCCAAUGGGCUCAUCUCAUGAUACCACUUACCAAGCGGAAGAUUCUCGAAGGAGAAUCCUUGGAUGAUAUCCGGUGCUGGCUACGCAAUGUCCCAACUGAUCUAGAGAAUGUAUAUGUGUACAUCUUGGAGAAGGUAAUAGAUGCAAUGAACAGGGACCAGGCAUUCCUAUUGUUCAAGUGGGUAUGCUUGGCCGAGAGGCCCCUGACUGUGAGAGAAAUGCGGUAUGCCUUCGCAUCCCAUAACAUGAGAGGGACGCCUACUAUCAAGGAAGGAUGGGAAAAGGUCGCAGGUUUCGGUAACAGCGAAACCAUGAUGAAGCGAAAAAUUCUGGCUGUUUCCGGUGGGCUAGCUGAAACACUCCCAAUCAAUUACGGUUCCGACACUGUACAGGUGGUACAUCAAUCAGUGAAUGACUUUUUGCGCUCAAAAGGACUGGGGCUUUUGUACCAUCUUACCAGCACCGGCACCGACACAGUGGCUGUUGAUGGCGGAAAGAUUUUAUCCCACAGCCACGCAACUAUAUACCGAUCAUGUUUGUUGUAUCUAGCGACGGAAUUUGCGACCUUGUUUAAACGUUUCUCCGAUUGCAGUCCCUUGGAAAGACAAGGAUUGGAGGAAAAUCACCCGCUGCUACACUAUGCUACCUUGCACCUUUUUGUUCAUGCUGAAAAGGCAGCCGCCUCUCGAGCAGAUAUAUUGCAAAACGAACAAGAUGUGCUACAGCAAAUUAUUAGUGGAUGGGUGAAGAUUUGCAGAUUUCUCAGGCCUUAUCGAUUCCCACCGGCAGGUACAAAGCUUAUUCAUAUGGCUGCAGCUGCCAAUCUACCUGAUCUUCUGGAAGAGAUGAUUUCAGGUGGAGCGGAUCUCAUGGAGGAAGACGCAGAUGGAAAUUCAGCGUUUCAUGCAGCAGCACUAUGGGGACAUCAAAAAAUCGGAAGAAUAUUAUACGAGAACGGAGCAGAUCAAAUGGCACAGAGUCACGAUGGUACAACACCCUUAGUCGAGGCAGCUCGCCAUGGACGACUGGGAUUUGUUGAAUGGCUCUUGACUGAAAAGGCCCAGUUUGAAACAUCCCACGAUGAAAGAAGAAAUGCGCUACAAGAAGCAUCGUGGGAAGGUCAUGCGGGAAUUGUGAAGCUGUUACUUGAUGCAGGGGCUGAUGCAAAUUCCGGGGGCGGGAGAUUUGGAAAUGUUCUCCAAGGAGCAGCAUACAGAGGAAGUGUUGAGGUUGUUCAGAUGCUGCUGGACGCUCAUGCAGAUGUCAAUGCCCAGGGUGGUGAAUAUGGGAAUGCCCUCCAAGCAGCAGUAUACUGGGGAAAAGUUGAGGUAGUUCACAUGCUGCUGAAUGCUCAUGCGGAUCCCAACAUCCAGGGUGGCAUAUUUGAAUAUGUUCUCCUAGCGGCUGCUCAUAAUCGUGACUCGGAUCAAAUUCGAAUUCUUCUGGAUGCUGGCGCAGAUUCAUUGGUUGCGGACGAACUUGAUCAAACGUUCCUUCAUGUUCAUGUCGCAGCUUUGACAGAAAUAUCAGACGUUCUUGUCCGAUCUCCACGGUUAGCUCCCGCUAUCAAUAGGCGUGACAAGCUCUUGCAGACACCUCUCCAUAUAUCUAUCAACCAAGGUUGUUCCAGAUCUGCUAUAGCACUGCUUGAUAUGGGUGCCAAUCCUUCCAUUCGAGAUGCUUACGGGAAAACCGUCAUAGACUGGGUGGCAGAAGACCGGAAUCUUGUGCUCGAAAUUCACAAGCGCUGCCCUGAAAUCGUCAUCACCUCACGUGAGACCCAAGAAUUGACUGUUCGUCAAUCAAUAUUUCAGAUUUCUAAUACGCUCCUUCAUUCACAACUGCGCGAUCCAUGGCGCCUCGUGCAAAUACUAGGUCGUCUUUUGCUAUUUGUCAAUGAUGUGGGCAAUGCGGGCUACCUUUUUGGGCUCCACAUAUCUGAUGAGCACCAUUUUCCGAAAAACAUUGUUAUAUCAUGUGAUAAUUGUGGUUACUCCACAAAAACGGCAGGUCGAUACGUGUGCAGGGACUGCGCCGAGGUGGAUUUAUGUCGGAAAUGCGCGCAAAGUGACUGGCUCCUGAUUCAUAGCAGACCACUGCAUAAUCGAGAGCACGAGCUAUUUGAAGUGCCUGAUGUUUACGAUAGCGAUGAUCGAUCAAAGGGGACAUCAUCAGAGCGGUUCAAUGCCUUCUUGAACAAUCUCAUUGACAGAUAUCCUACACCAGAUUUCCACCCUGUUGACAUUAAUCCAUCAUAUGAUUCAGUGGUCGAACAUUUGCGGAAAAGAAGAAAGGUCUAA